ACAUUUCAGUCGCAUGUCAGCUCCCGCACCUAAUCAUCAAGAUGGUCAGUGUGCAAAAUUCGUAUCCAAUGCUUCCUCCCCUUUCCUCAUCAGAAGAAAUGUUGCUGAAUGCUGGGGGUGAUUGGAAUUAGGAAUUGUGAUUCUUAAUCUUUAAAGUAGAACUGGAAAUGAAAGUAUACCAGAAAUUUUGUCGCUAAAUGAAGAUAUUCAUGCUAACAAUACAAUAAUAGUCAAAGCCUGUGUAUUAAUCUCAAGCGAUCGUAUACCUCAUUUCUCGAAAGCUUUGUCGCAGAACAGCCUUCCCCCUCCCCCCUCGAAGAGACCCCGAUGUUGUUCUGAAAUAUUUGAUCAGUAAUAAAAAAUUUAAUAAGUAUUUUCCUGAUAUCGAGACUGGAUUCAAAGCUCGUUUUUCCCCUACAAGAGCAAAACUUGGAACAUUUGAAGUCAUCAUGAUCAUGCUUUCAAAUGAUGUCAAGCGCCACAGUGGCUGAAGAGCGAUAUGGGACCAAAUAACGAAUAUGCGGGGGCAGUUAUAACUUGGAAAAAGACUGCAGGCACCGUCAGGGCCAAACAGAUCAUCUGCGGGUCCCUGCCAACUUUAUCUUUCUCUUUCCCACUUCUCGUUGAUUCGAUUGAAAUAUCUGGGUAAUAUCUGUGUGAUCAACUCACGGGAAUCGUGCUUCAUGAUUUGCUGGAGAAGGCCGAUGAACCGGUAGAUCUUACUAACCGUUUCAUCAUCCAUCACGAGAAGAGAAGAGGAUGGAAUUCAAGGUAAAAUGUCAUGGUUGGAGGUGAUAAGUUGGAAACUAGUGCAUCGAGAUGCAUGAAUACAUCAAUGCAUGGCAAGAUAACUCUGGGAGAAAAGCUAAUGUGGAGAGCUUCUUUUAGACAUGACCUUGAUACAAACUACGCUUGAACUCCACCACAGUUGGUGGUCUAUGGCGCCAUACUUUCGGGGCUAUUCCACUUUACAUCAUUCAAUCUCUCUGUCAUCCAAUUGAUGAUUGAUCAGCCUUUCAGCUCGUGUAUCUCCAUGCGGAAUUGACACAAUUAAACCAAACUGACGGGAUGUUGUUUAUGUUUGGCAAGUUGCGGAGGCUGACGACAUCGCUCAUGUCAAAAAUGUACCCCUCCAUUACCUUGAUUUGACUUGUCAAAAUACUUGUCAAAGAUGCACAGAGACAUAUGGACAAAUCAUACAAAUACUUCAAUCUUGCCGUGAUACUUUUUGAUUUUCUUUCCAUAUACCAUUUACUACUUGCUCAAGAUACCCCUUAGUUUACAAACUUAAUCAUCACACUUUUUAUAUUCAUCAAUCACCAACUACAUACUUUAGAUUACAUACUUCAAAUUUGCAAUUAUGGAUAAGAUCAAGGCAAUCCUGUAGGUUACUCAACCAUACUUUUCUCAACAUGGCGGGUGUGCUAACCUUCACAUAGUCACGGCACUACACCACAACAUGAGAAGGAGGUAAAGGAAGAGAAGAAAGCCGAAAAGGCAGAGGCAAAGCAAGAGAAGAAGGCGGAAAAGAUCGAGGAGAAAGAGGAGAAGAAGGCUGAAAAGCAUGGUUCACUGUCACACACCGGCGAAGGAAGCCAUCUCGGAAAUGAUCCCCACUCUACGACUCAUCCAACCACUAAUACCACACACACAUCCAAUACCUCUCACACGAAUCCUACACCAGCCGGUGUAAGUCAUACAUCAGGAGGGCUUGACCAAAACAACGUUGGAAGCCAUGGCAAUUCUCACCUUGGCAGAGAUGCAGCUCUCGGAAGUGGAGCAGUAGGUGCUGCUGGUUUGGCAGAACAUGAACACCGAAAGCAUGAAAAUACAGGUCUUGGUUCAGAUCAAACCCGUGGACAUACUGAGGGCUCCCAUGGACCUCAUAAUUCCGCUGCAUUAAAUGCUGCCGACCCAAGAGUCGAUUCCGACUUGGAUGGAAACCGCCUCCCUAAUAAGACUUCUUCGGGAUAUGGUACUAAGGACGCUUACGACACAAAUGAGAACGGCUCUUCAGGACAUCAUUUGGGUCGUGAUGCUGCCGCACUUGGUGCAGCAGGAGCCGUUGGGGAGGGUAUCCACCACCACAACAAUCACCACAACAGCCAACAUGGUCUUGGAGGAAGUCAAGGACCUCACAGCACGGCGACCGCGAAUCGUUUGGAUCCUAAUUUGAGUAGUUCCGGAGUCCCCACUGAAGAUGCUCAUACUCAUCACGGCCACGGGGCUCAUUCUCGACUCGGCGUUGAGGGUGGUGGAGCUGAAGAGGCUGAUGGUGUUCACGGUGCUACUUCAGCUGGUGCUGGCGUAGUUCCUGUUGGGGCUUACGAAUCUGGCCAUGGCCACCAUACCAAUGCUGGACCGCACUCAUCUAACUUGGCCAACAAGGCGGAUCCAAGAGUUGACAGCGAUCUCUCCAAGCAACAAAAUCAUCACUAUGGACGUGAUGCUGCUGUUGCUGCGGGUGUCGGUGGAGCUGCAUAUGAAGCCAACAAACAUCAUCACAACAGUGCAAACACUACUACUGGUCCUCACUCCUCAAAACUUGAAAACAAGGUAGACCCAAGAGUGGAUAGCGAUCUCUCCAAGCAAAACAAUCAUCAUUACGGACGUGACACUACUGUUGCUGGAGGUCUUGGUGGGGCUGCAUAUGAAGCCAACAAACAUCACCACAACAGUGCAAACACUACUACAGGUCCUCACUCUUCAAACCUUGAGAACAAGGUAGACCCGAGAGUGGACAGCGACCCUUCAAAUGAACACAACCAUCAUUACGGACGUGACACUACUGUUGCUGGAGGUCUUGGUGGGGCUGCAUAUGAAGCCAACAAACAUCACCACAACAGUGCAAACACCACCACCGGCCCUCACUCUUCGAAUCUGGAGAACAAAGUAGAUCCACGAGUUAACAGUGACAACUCCAGGGAGGGACAUCACUACGGAAGAGAUGCCGCUCUCGCAGGUGGUGCUGCUACAACAGCCUAUGAAGCUGAUAAGCACCACCACAACAACGCAAACGCUACUACCGGCCCUCAUUCUUCAAAUCUCGAAAACAAAGUAGAUCCCAGAGUUGACAGUGAUCGCUCCAGGGAAGGGCAUCACUAUGGAAGAGAUGCCGCCCUCGCAGGUGGGGCUGCUGGAACAGCUUAUGAAGUUAACAAGCAUCAUAAUGCUCAUGGUACCGAACACAAGCCCGUUGGUAAAGAUAUUGGAGAUAAACUCCAUGGCGUCGAGAGAAACCGAGGUGUCAAUGGACCCACCGGAUUUCCCCAUGAAAGCGGCCACAGAAUUGCGCCUGGUGCAGUAGGAACUGGUGUUCCAGGAGCUCCGCGCGGAAAUGUCCAAGAUACCCACAACACCCACGGUCAACACAAAUCAAGCAGCAUUGAUGCCCCGGUCCAUAAUUCCACAGGACCUGACCAUAUCUUCACUGCCCCUGUCAUGGAUGAUCCUACAGAAAACUUAGCCCUCCGAGAAGGAAAGAUCGAUCAGCAUGAACACCGCCGUCGAGACUCCGAAAAUGGUCGUCCUCAUCCUGAUGAAAGCACCUUCGCUACUGGUGGUGGAUAUGAGCACGGCAAGGACAGAAAAUUAGAGCAUGAGAUUAACUCUGCUCCGUUGGGUAACACUGCCACUACACAUGGCUCUGGCUUGGGAGAGAACACAUAUAACACUUCUUCAGGUUCUGGUUUGAACCAUAACAACCUAACCGGCCACAACACUGCAUCCUCAGGUACUACUGGUUUAAAGCAUGAUUCCGGGUUGACUGGACACAACACCACUGGCUUUAACCAAGGUUCAUCGACCGGUACUACUGGUUUAAGCCAUGGCUCAGGCCUUACCGGACACAAUACCACUGGCCUUAACCAAGGUUCUGGUUUGACUGGAUACGACAAUACAUCCACCGGUACUACUGGUUUAAGCCAUGGCUCCGGCCUUACUGGACACAACACCACUGGCCUUAACCAAGGUUCUGGUUUGACUGGAUACGACAAUACAUCCACCGGUACUACUGGUUUAAGCCAUGGCUCCGGCCUUACCGGACACAACACCACUGGCCUUAACCAAGGUUCUGGUUUGACUGGAUACGACAAUACAUCCACCGGUACUACUGGUUUAAGCCAUGCCUCCGGCCUUACCGGACACAACACCACUGGCUUUAACCAAGGUUCUGGUUUAACUGGACACCACACUACUGGUCUUAACCACGGUUCUGGUUUGACUGGAGACAACACAAAAUCUGCCGGUAACACGGGUUUGGGUUAUGACUCUGGCUUUACUGGAAAUAACACCACAUCCUCCGGUACUUCAGGUUUGGGCUACGACUCUGGUCUUACUGGGCACAACACCACCAGCCUCAACCAUGGCUCUGGCUUGACUGGGUCAACAAGUACCCAUGGUGCUUAUGGCGAGAACAGAUUGGGGGAGACUUCUGAAUUCGGAAACACCAAUACCAACAGCCGAGUUUUGUAAAGCAAGGCAGAAAGCAAGGAAGCUAAAGGGAUGAUAUUUUUCACAUGACUAAUGAUUUAUUAUGAUUUAUGGUUUUUAACAUUGUAUUAUUGCAGGCUUAAGGUUUUUAUGUAUAUUUAGUUAGUUAGUUUUAUUAUGGAUGGGAUGGAAUGAAUAUGAA